CGGCGCUCACACCCCAAGCCUGUAAACGGAGGAGGGAGCAAGGCUUCGUUUUGUUUACAGAUGCUUUAGCUGCUAGCAGGCUAACUGCUCUUUUAAACCCGAGCGCCGGCGGAUUAUCGUCAUAUUUUCACAGUAGAAGAGAGAAUGCGAGCUUUAUAAGUUAUUAUUAGACAUAAGCUGUAGUUACAGUGUCUGAGUAGGGUGACCGCAGCGAGCCCGCAAAGAGAGCGUGUGUGUCAGUCUUCAGAGCUACAGGAUCUAAUAAUAAUCCACAGUAAAGACCGAUAACUGAUCACUACUGUCUGAACCGGUCAACGUUUCCCUUCUCUAUUACAGCCACAUGAACAGCCUAAGAUUAUUACACAGUAAUACACUCACUCAGCGACCGCGAGAGAAAGGUCUGAGGGGAGAGGGGGUUAAAUCGUUAGUAAAGCCGUUAGUUAGUUAGUUAGUGAGUUAUCUAGGUGAACAGUCUGAGUGGAGUCCGCAGCCCCUGCGCUCUGCGAUGUCUCUGGUUUGCUACGACAGCAGUGAUGAGAGUGACCGGGACGAAGCUCCGAGUCCAGCGGCCGCACGACCCGAGCAGAGCCGGGGUCCUCCUGCUCCUCCUCCCGCCGAGAGGAAGCUCGUGUUAGACCUGCCGAAGCCGAAAAAGCGCGGAGAGCCGGUGAAAAUCUCCGUCCCAGAGAUUAACGCAGCGAGUUCAGAUUCAGAUGAAGAUGAACCAGUGAGGAAGAAGGCAGGAAUUUCGGGUGGCGGUCUGUCGUCUAUGCUACCACAACCUAAAAACCUAGUGUUGAAAGAAACACAGCGCCCACUGGUGCCUCAUACCCUCACUAAACGGCCAGCACCAGCACCGCAGUCAAAAGGGACCAAACCAGGCUCUCAGGCUCAAUCUGGAACGAGCCCUUCACCGUCUGCGAUUAAAGCUGCAGCAAAAUCUGCUGCACUGCAGCUGGCCCGGCAGAUGGCAGCAGAUGAAGAGGGAAGUGAUGAUGAACUUGCGCCAGAAAACUAUUUCUCCUUGGCUGAGAGCUCCACACAACCCCUGGCUGCUGCUUACCCAGAUACUCAGCUGUACACCCCUUCCCUAAACUCUCCACCCAGCAUAGAGGACGCCCCCCUCGACUUCGGCUCUAAAGCGGAGCCACAAAACAAACCUACAUGGGCUGCACAUGACUUUCAGAGAGGUGACUACCAAACCCAAAGUCAGGAACAACAGGAUGCAUCAUCAGAACUUUGUGCUCAGGACUAUUAUAGCGAAGGGUACUACCAGGACCAGGGUGCUGAGUUUAUUGAAGAAGAGCCAGGAUCCUCCACUCUGUUCAAUGAUGAAGCAUUCCGUAGGCUACAGGGCAAACAGAAUCGAGGGAAAGAAGAAAUUAAGUUUUUGGAAAUUAAAGGUGAUGACCAGCUGAGUGGGAAUCAGCAGUGGAUGACCAAGAACAUGAGCGCAGAAACAGAGCCUCGCAAAUCCUUCAGUAAGAAAAAAGGAGAUCAGCCAACAGGGCAGCAGAGACGCAAACAUCAGAUCACAUAUCUGAUUCAUCAGGCUAAGGAGCGUGAGCUGGAGCUGAAAAAUAACUGGGCAGAUAACAAAGUCUCUCGGCGACAGACACAGGCCAAGUAUGGAUUCUAGCGGAUGUCUGGCUUAUAGGCUUGUUAGCUUUGCUAACUAAAAUGUGAGUCUGGGUUUACAGAGACUCUGUAGACAAAGUGGACAUCUGGACACCAUUAGAAUUCUUUCAUCACUGCCGGGCCUGCACGUAAUAACCCAUCUAAGUGAGGGAUCUGAAGACACACUCUCAUUGUCCACUUUAGUCCUGCUGCACAUUAACAGAUAUAUCAGUGGGCAUUGUGUGUGCUGCUCGAUGGAACCCAAAAAAGUCAUACUAGUCAACCCCUUACUUCCCCCAUCUUCCCGUCUGUGUUGUUGAAUGUUGUAUGUUGAAUGUUUUACUUUUGUUUUGUAACCAUUAUAAACUUGUACCAUCUCAUAAAAUAUUCCCUGUAACUCUGUAAAUUGUUUCGGCCCAGUCAGGUCCAGGUUCACGUUGAGUAAAAUGUAAAACAUUAUCUGAUGAUCUGUAAAUUAGAACUUUUUAAAUUAGUCUUCCCAAAAUAAGUAUUUUGAAUGAUUCCUUAGUUAAAGAAGAUACUUUUCCUUUACUUUCUAGUUAAAAUAAACUGUAAUUUGUCUUAAAGAACAGAUCUAGAGAAGAAGCCAAUAGAAACAUACUUCUGGAAGUGUCUAUUGACUUCUGUUGUGAGUUUUGUAUUACUGGGUUCUCUGCUUUUCAAUCUUAGCAUAAAGGCUUCUGCAAAAGACUAAAAAUCAGUUAUUUAACUCAUAACAGUAGUGGAACACUUUUUUAUUGUACUAUAUAAUCAAAAUACCCUUUUCCUUGUGUAUGAAGAACCCGGAUUGCUAAUUGACUUUAUGAAUCGUGUAGUUAGAUGCCUCUAUAGCACAACAGGCUGGUCACCUGGACAGGGCUUAGCUUUGGAUUUUUAAUUUAAUAGGAAAUCUUUCAAAAUGCUUUAUAAUGCAGGAAUAGGCAUAAUUCCUGUCUGGGAGACUGGCCUUUUAUCAGGGUUAUAUGUAAAAAAGGAAAAAUUCUGAAGCUCACUACACUAUUUUGGAGUCUGUGAAUUUCAGCACAGUAUUUAUUUUGUUACUGAUUAAAAUAAAUAUUAGACCAGGGGUAUUUGGAUGAAUUUAAAAUCUUCCCAGCUUAUAAAUGUAUACCAGCGUCAUCCUUUUGCUUGCUGACCCAUCUCCAUAACUGUAUUAGCCUGGUUUGGAUCAGGCUAAAAGUGUACUACCCUGAACAUAUUAAAUAAAUAGCAGAAUAUAAAUAGAGCAGGUAAUAUAUUUUCAAUAUAUUACUUUUUUCUAUGGAUAACUAGUAAACCACCAGUGGGUUGUAAUGUUAAAGGAUUUUUGGUACAUGUCGGGAUCCUGUAAAAGUAACCGUAUAUAAAGUUUGAACCUGAUAACACACACUCCUGUAUCUGUGUUCUGAUCCAGCCUGUUAGUCUGAUCUGCAUGAACAUUAACAGAACCCGGAAGGACAGUUGGCAAAGUGUGUUUAAAGAGCUCAUCUACUCACUGCCAGAAACAGCAGAGUAAGAAAGGCAGGCUUUUAAUGUGAAGCUGCAGAUAAUAAUAAAAACAUGUCUAAAAAAUUUUA